AUGCAUGAAAUUGUCACACUUCAGCUGGGUCAGCGGGCUAACUAUCUAGCAACACACUUUUGGAAUCUACAGGAAUCAUACUUCACAUACAACGAUGGAGAACAAUCCGAUGUUGAUCACGAUGUUCACUUUCGACCGGGUGUUGGAGCAGAUGGCUCUGAGACUUACACUCCACGCACAGUAAUCUAUGAUCUGAAAGGUGGAUUUGGAACGUUGCGCAGAUACAAUGCACUUUACGAGCUCAGUGAAGACUCCACAGCAGGUCAAGGGUUAUGGGAUGGACGAGAGGUAGUCCAAAAGCAAACUCCAAUCCAACAAAGUGAAUAUCAGAAAAGCUUGGAUCUAGGAACUACAGCCCCUCGCCUGACUUCGGAGGCUGUACGCUACUGGUCAGACUAUAACAGAGUACUAUGCCCUUUGAGGAUUGGAAUGUCGGGGAAGAGAUUAUUUAAAGACCUUGACAAGGAGCAUGACCUGCUCGACCGUGACCUGAGACCUCUCCUUGAGGAAUGUGACCACUUGCGGGCGCUGCAACUGUUCUCCGGGUCAGAUGAUGCCUGGGGCGGAUUCACUGCCCAGUAUAUGGAAAGACUGAGAGAUGAAUUCGGAAAGAAAAGUAUUUGGGUGUGGGCUAUUGAAGACGGCACUAAAAUCCAACGGCAUCACCAGUUCAAGAAGGAUACGAACAAGGCCAGGUCACUCUGCUCGAUCUCGCCACUGGCCUCGCUCUAUUCUCCAAUUAUCGACGUUCCGCAUAACCUGCCCGGUUACCUCAAAGUUGAUCGCCAAUCAGAAUGGCAGAAAACAGCCCUGCUCGCCUCAGCUAUUGAGACGGUCACACUGCCUUCCCGAUUGCGGCCAUAUCAACAUUUCGAGGCCUCCCUCGCCGGGGAAGAUGGCACGCACACCAUCUUCGAAUUACAAUCUUCUAUCAACAAAAUCAAAAUCAAUGACGGUCAGACUAAGGAAGCCUCCAAUGAGGAUGGGCCGACCAAAGCCGAAAUUGAAUUUGACAUUGACUUCGCCUAUGACGGCGAGUACAGCAAGGGCGCUCACACUUUCAAUCAAGUCCAAGUAACCCGUGGAGAAGAACCGGAAAGGGACAGUGAGUCCACGGAGGACACAGACGUUGGGUACCUUCGCAAACUUAGACGGUUCAACUCAGAGUCGAUGCUGCAAAGUUUCCACACGCCACUCAGUAUGCCUAUUCUUGACAGUUUCCCUGACGACAUGUUCCCCACCCCCGAGGCAGGCACUGGGGUAAAUGUAUUUACGGCAUUGACCGCCUCGACAAGGACAGCUCAGAGGAUCAAGGCUAUCUCGGCAACGGCCGGACGUUUGGUCUCUGUAGAUGAGCGUGAGGCCUUGGUAAAUGGACUUGGCGAGAUUCGAGAGUACUACGAGACAGGGUGGAGUAGCGGCUCGGACGACGAUGAUGAUUAG